CGCCUUGCCUCUCUGGCGGUUUGGGGGCCGCCUCCUCCACCCUCAUCGCAGAGGAGCCCGCUCACUCUCCCAGGGGACCAAGUCAAGUCACCGUCGCUGUCUCUUUUGGCACCGUUACCAUGGCUGUUUCCUUCUGGCGGGGAGAAGCCUUCGCGAUGCAGACCCUUCCGAGUGCCCUUUGGAUGGCACUUUGGGGGUUAGCGCGCCUUUGGGCCGGGGCCCAAGCGGGCUGUUCAGAAGUGGGGCGGUGCUGCCCUGGGCGGGACCCCACCUGCUUCGGCCGGGGCUGGAGGCUGGACAGGGUUUAUGGGACGUGCUAUUGUGACCAAGCGUGUCGGCUCACUGGGGACUGCUGCUUCGACUACUCCAGGGCGUGCCCAGCUCGCCCAUGCAUUGUGGGAGAAUGGAGUUCCUGGAGCAGUUGUGUAGAUCAAUGUAAACCUGCAACACGUGUGCGGAGACGUUAUGUGCAUCAGGAACCUCAGAAUGGUGGGGAGUCUUGCCCACACCUUGAAGAGAAAGCUGGCUGUCUGGAAUACACAACUUCCCAUGGACAGGAUUGUGGGCAUUCAUAUGUUCCUGCUUUUAUCACUACCUCUGCAUAUAACAAGGAAAGGAAAAGACAAGUGGUAUCUCCACAGUGGUCUGCAGACACAGAGGAUGCUGGAUAUUGUAUGGAGUUCAAGACAGAGUCCUUGACUCAUUAUUGUGCUAUGGAAAAUCGUCCUCUGACCCGCUGGAUGCAGUACCUUCGAGAGGGUUAUACUGUGUGUGUAGAUUGCCAACCUCCAGCCAUGAAUACUGUGAAUCUACGUUGUUCUGGAGAUGGUCUAGAUUCUGAUGGGAAUCAGACUCUUCAUUGGCAAGCAAUUGGUAAUCCUCGAUGUCAAGGAACAUGGAAAAAAGUUCGGCGAGUGGACCACUGCUCCUGUCCAGCUGUGCACAGUUUCAUUUUUAUUUAAAGCAUAAGCAAUUUUUAAAAACAUGUAAAUACUUUUAAUAUCAUAAAGAACAUUUAAUACAUUUCACAAAUCUUUAAAAAUUAUUUGCUAUGUGCUAAACACUUGUCAUGCUUUGAUGAGAAUAAAGAAUAAAGAAGGGAAUUGUGGCAUAGAAUCCAUGUCUUAAAAGUAAGGGACUAUCCCACAUGACUACUAUGAAGUUUGUCUAUACUAGAUACUUCUAUAGACUCUCCUUGUAGGAAGUCUAUGAGACACACAUGAUACAUAUUUGUAUUGCAUUGAAGUUAUCAUCCCACAUCCAACAAAAGUAUUUACAUUUCAUGUUAAGAUUUUUUUUUCCAUGUCAAACAUCUCCUUUGAAUUUCCUAAAUCAUCAGGAAUGAUGAAGACCUGAAUAACUAGGUGUGGAUGGCAGAGAAAGAAUGAAAUAUUGAUGGAAUUGCUCUCUGAAA